GCGGAAAUAGGAUAAGUUUGUGGUUUAGUUUUGGUAAUUCUCUCUCAUCUCAUUGGUGUAAAGUUAGUUAUGCCAGAAAUGUUAAAAUGGAAAACUGGUGAAUUAUUUAUAAAAACGUUUCAAGCAGUUUUACUCCAAAAAUGCUAAUUGGUUUAAGACAUCAAGUGAGACGUAAGGAAACAAGCCUUUUUAGCAAUAAAAAAUGCAACAAAUUUCAGAAACCGGUUCUGAAAUUGAAAUUUUAUUUGACAAAUGUUCUGAGGCCCGCAAAAGUCUUGGUAAAAUCUUGGAAAAUCUAGUUAAAAUUGAAAAGAAAGAGGAACAUAUUGUAGUUCCCAAACACUUAAGUGAUGUAAAGUGCAUCGAUCUCGAUGAUGAUAGUGAUGAUGAUGUGGAGUGCUUGGGUUCAUAUCUACCAUCAACCGAGAUUCAGGAGCAGCAAAAUGCAAAUAAAAUCGGACAAAAUGCAAAUUCAAGUUUAGUGGAAAAAGAGAAAAGUAGGUCUCCGAAGAAAGAUGAUAUAACCAUGGUGGAAUCUGUAGUUUGUUCACAAACUAUUGUACGUACUGAACUUAGUGCCACUUUUACUCAAGUGCCACCAUCAAAUCAGCAAUCAAGCAGUGAAUUAGAAAACACUUGUCAGAAUUCAAAGCCCAUAGUUCUGUGUGACAAGAAUAUAGUAGAUCAAUCCCAUCACAAUAAUCAUUGUGGAACACCUACUGACACAAGUUGUGAAUCAAUUUGUCUAGAAAGUCAAAUGAGUACCAUGACAAACAAUCAAGAAGAUAAUACAUCGUCUGUUACAUCUCAAUUGGAAAGGAAAGAAAGUAAUAUACAUAGUCGUGAGUCAAAUUCAGACUCAGAAGUAUUAAAUAGGCUUACUGGUCCUGAGGCUGAUAGUUCAACCAACAUUAUUAACAUUAGGCCUACAGUCCAAACAGAAAAGUCCCCUGAGAAGAGGAUGAAAAGAUUCAUUUCUAUUCCUGCUAAAUUUCUGUCAGGCAGAACAUUAACACAGGUUACUAAUAAAACCGCCACUGGAAGCAGAAUAUUGAAGUUUGUUAACCCUAGAUUCAUUUUAAAGCCUUCAAAAGUUGACACGCCUGUGCAAUCCAAUAUAGAAAAUUCAACUGUUGUAACGCCUGUGCAAUCUAGUCUGGACAAUUUAACAUUUGAGACUCCUGUGCAAAAAUAUCCGAUGAAUCAAUUUGCAAAAACCAAUUCUGCAACACCAACAGUUAUAAACCUGCCAAAAAACCCAAAUAUUAUACCAAGCAAAAAAGCACCCACACAUCCACCUUCCAUGCUUUUUUGGAAUGCUUCAUUUGGCAAAAAACUAGUUAAGUUAAAGGGCACAAAAGGAUCCCAGCUAAAGAACAAUUUGUCAAAGACUACAAAUAACACUUUAGACAAAGCGUGUAGAAUAAGGCCUCAAGAAUAUUUUUCAAAAAACAAACCUUCAAAGUCUACAAAUAACACAAACUUAACUGCAGAGAAAGUGUCUAAAACAAGUAUUUAUUCUUUGAUUAACAAAAACGCAAACUUGUACCCAUCUGAAAGAGUCAGCAAAAAAAUAGCCCUAGCACAAGUCUCUGAUAUCAGUGAAAAAGAAAAACUGGAAAAACAAAUGUGUCCUCAAAGUAAAAAAUGUCCAGUUGGCAGUGAAUUUCCCGAUGAAGAAAACUAUGUGUUCAAGCCUAAUGAACCUUCAAUUUCUACUUUACCACAUGCCUAUGUGCCUAGUACUUGCAAGGAUGUGGUAGCAAAGCCCACUAAUAAAAAUUUGUCAUUCAAACAUCAGCCCCAGAAUGCGUUCCAAGAAGUGUUAUAUUCUGAUUUAGGACUUCUCAGAUCUGAGUCCGAAACAGAAACCAACCAAACCAACUCAAUUGAAAAUAAUAAAGAUGAAACCUAUAUGCAACCAGUUGAAACCAACACAACGCAAGUAAACCAAUUAACGUUUCAUCCCGAAAACAAUGUAAGCGGUAACACUACGUAUGACCAUGAACAGGGAAUUUAUGUGUCUUGCAAUCCAGACAACACACUUGAUCUAGCUCCAGUCGAGCCAGCAAUGGUACCUUGUCCGCCAUCUUCUACAUUUGACACUGAACACUUAGUUGGUGUAUUCAAUAAACUUGUGGAAGACAUCAGAACUUGCCUCUGCAUUGAUGCGGUCGGAAAUAUGCCAAUCCACCAAGCAGUUCUGGAUAGUGACAUAGUUAAACUGAAAACUCAGUGUAUUGUAUUGAGGACUAUUGGAUCUCAUAUAAACCACAUAAACUUGAGGCACGAGACAGCAUUGAUGUUAGCGGUUAGUGCAGCAGUGAAUACCAACGACUACGAAGCAGCUUCUGUCCUGUUGAAUGAAGGAGCUGAUCAGAGGAUCGCAGACAUGGACGGCAACACCCCUCUCCAUCUAGCCGUGAGCCACGGCUGUGAUCAGCUGGUCAAGUUGUUACUGACGGGUUCCGACGCUGACCAAGUCACUCAGAAGUUCAACUAUGCUGGCUUUACUCCACUUCACAUUGCUGCGAUGGAAGGAUACGAUGAGAUAAUUAAACUGUUGGUUGGCACAAACAUUUUUGUUGACAUCAAGGAUCGAAAGAAUGGCAGAACACCAUAUUAUCUCGCUGUGAAGGAGAAAAAACUAUUGUCAGCCCAGUUGUUAAGGAUGUUUGGAGCAGAUGCAAAUGAACCAAAUUUUGCGGAUUACACACCUCAAUUUGAUGAUUCAUCACCAUCUAGACCUCUCCCACAGGAAGAUGUAUGUGCAAAUAAUCAAGCAAGAGUUUUUCCAAACCUCUUUGAGGUUAAAAUGCCUUCGAAGGAACAAGAUUUGCUUCAAGUGUCGUUGUCAAACCAGCUCAUUGAACCUGCACCCUCUCUCAGGGCCAACGCUAAAGGGUUCACCUCUUCUUCCCAUAUGCCUAUAAGAAGUAAAUUGGAAAGCAUCAAGAAUAAUGUUCCUGAGACAGAAGACAUAAAAAAUAAUGUUAUUACUACUUUGCAUGAAGAAAAUUGUUCAAAAAUAAUAAAAACUUUCAAAUGUCGUAAGUUUAAAAUUUGUAAGCGUGUGUCAAAUCCAAACAAGAAUCUUGGUGAACCUAUAGGUGAUGGGUUGGGUAGCAGGCCCUUUUUAAAAUCCUGUUUACCUUCUACACAAGAACUUAUUUUGAGCACAAAAGAAAUAAAAAUAAAGAAUGUUGAAUCAAAUAUAAAUGAAACCCUAAAACACCAUGAAGAAAACAGGGCUGAUGAAAUGUCAAGUACCAGUGUGCCAGAAAAGAAUUAUUUGGUGACAAAACAAAAUGAAGAUCCAAUGCACAAAAAACCUACAGAAGAGAAGAUAAAUCAUAUAUGUGAUACAGAAAACAUUGUAAAUGACAUUACCUCUAUUCACAAGGGAAAUAGCUCAGAAAGUGUAAAAAAUCACAACCUUUGUAAAUCCAAAACAUUAAAUACCAUGCCAGUUCAACAUCAGAAUUGUGGCGAGACUUUUAAAGUACCUAGUACUGUCCAAAACCUGACGCAGUCACCUAAACUACAUUUUGACAAUGAUCAUAACAGAUCCUGUUUGGGAGUAAAUAUGAGUAUCUCGGUAAAUCCUAUAGACGAGUCCCUCUUAGUUCCUCUAAAUACCAACAAACAAAGUAUUCCAUCACAAGUUGUACCUAAGAGAUAUUUUAAAUCUAAGACAUCGUUGAUAAAAACUAAACAGUCAUCUAUUGGUCAAAAGAUUCCGGAAUGUAACUUUUACAACACCAAGACCUACCAAGAAACGCCACAUCAAAAUGUUAAAAACCUAAUUAAAGUCAAUAACUCAGUGAUCAUUGAAGAUUUUCAAAGUAAUAAUGUUAAAGACCUACCUGAGAAUAACAACUCAAUCUCCAAGGCCUACAUAGCAUUGACAAGACAAAGUGUUAAAGACUAUUCUGUAAUUAACAAUACAAGCUCAAAGAUGAUCCUAGAAGUGCCAAGCCAGAGUGUCAAAAGCCUUUCUACAAACAACAAUAUAAACUCAAACAGCAAUAAAGAGGUGCCAGGCCUUGCAAACAGCCUCUCUGGAAUUAUAAAUACCAAUUCAAAGGUCAAUCAAGAGGUGGCAACCCAGAGUGUCAAUAACAUUUCUGGAAUCAACAAUACCGUCUUAAAGGUUAGUCAAGAGGAGCUAUGUGACAUAGACAAACCCCCUUCUGGAAUCAAGAACAGCAUCUUGGUGGUUAAUCAAGAGGGGCCAAGUGAGAUAGUGAAAAACCUCACUGAAAUCAACAACAUCAACUCAAACAGCAAUCAAGAUGUUAUGGGCAAAAGUGUCAAAAUUUGUUCUGAAAUUAACAAGAUCAAUUUAAAGGUCAACAAAGAGGAGCCAAACCAGAGAGUCAAAAGUUUUUCUGGAAUCAACAGUACGAUCUUGAAAAUUAAUCAAAACGAGCCAACUGCCAGAGACAAAAACCCUUCUGAAAUCAACAAGAGCAUCUUGGGGGUUAAUCUAGAUGAGCCAAGUGAGAUCAAAAACGGUAAUGUAAUCAACAAUAUUAUCUCAAACAACAAUCAAGAGGUGGCAACCCAGAGUGUCAAUAACAUUUCUGGAAUCAACAAUACCGUCUUAAAGGUUAGUCAAGAGGAGUUAUGUGACAUAGACAAACCCCCUUCUGGAAUCAAGAACAGCAUCUUGGUGGUUAAUCAAGAGGAGCCAAGUGAGAUAGUCAAAAAUCUCACUGAAAUCAACAAUAUUAACUCACACAGCAAUCAAGAGGUGCCAACCCAAAAUGUCGAAAGCCGUUCUGGAAUCAACAGUACCAUCUUAAAGGUUAAUCAAGAAGAGCCAAGUGGCAGAGACAAAAACUCUUCUGGAAUCAACAAUAGCAUCCUGGGGGAUAAUCAAGAGGAGCCAAAUCAGAUUGACAAAAAUCUCACUGGAAUCAACAAUAUUAACCCAAACAGUAAUCAAGAUGUGUCAAGCAAGGCUGGAAAAAAAUGUUCUGAAAUUAACAAUAUCAAUAAAAAGGUCAACCAAGAGGAGCCAAACCACAGUGUCAAAAGUCUUUUUGGAAUCAGCAAUAACAUCUUGAGGGUUAAUCAAGAUGAUUCAAGUGAGAGUGUGAAAUCACUAUCUAUAAAAGAAUUUCCGGGAAUUGUAGAAAACAAUUUUUCAGAUAAUGAAGACAGUGAUUGUGGUCCAACUGAAACAUGCAAAAGUCUUGGAAAUAAUCUUGAACAGGUUUAUUCGCAAAAAGGUGGAGAUUUUUUCUUAUCGUUUAAUGAAACAUAUCAGGAUAUAGUUGAAACAGUUGUAAAUAAGAAAAGGGUGACAAAUGACUUGCCAAUAAAAAAAAAGUCUAAGCCAAAUAGCAAAAGAAUAAAAAAACAAUGUGAAUCCAAAACAUCUCUAUCAAAUAAACAGGAGCCAACUGCUAACACAAGUUUCACCUCAUCAAAUAAAAAUAAGAAAGUUAGCCAAAAAAUACUGCAAAACACUAAAUUGAGUGAGGCUAUUAAAGUUAAAAAGCACAUUAUUUAUUACAAAAAUACAACAGACUUGCCUACAAAACUACCAAGACAGAGGCAUUCCUCAUUGGAACCACCAAGCUCAGUUCCCACAAGUCUACCUGACUCUGCAUAUUUACUUUAUACUAUGCGUAAAAAACUUGCACCAUUAUUAGCUGAGCCAAAAUAUCUUUUAACCUCAACAGAAGUCUCAAACAAGGAAGUAGGAUCAUUCCCACGUGUAAUAUUGACUCGAGUGCCGCUUCCUCAUGAAGAAACUGUUUCAAGUAAAAGAAAACGGGGAGUAAACAUAUCGAUGGAAAAAGAUAAGGUUACUUGUGGUGAAACAGAGUCUGAAGUUGUAGUCAAGCCAACAGCAUCAAAAAGAAAGGGCUCUACACAAGUUGCGCCUACACAAGAUAAAAAAACUGCUUCUAGCAAAAGGUACUAUUUAGCAAACUCAUCACAAGAUAAUAAGUUAACAUUUGAUGAAAAUGAGUCUGGAGCUGAAUCAAGAGAUUUACCACCAGAAGCAAAAAUAAAGAGAUCUGCACAAGUGGCACAUACACAAGAUAAAACUGCUUCUAGAAAAAGGUACUAUGUAGCAAACUCAUCACAAGACAAUAAGUUAACAUUUGAUGAAAAAGAGUCUGGAGCUGAAUCAAGAGAUUUUCCACCAGAAGCAAAAAUAAAGAGAUCUGCACAAGUGGCACAUACACAAGAUAAAACUGCUUCUAGAAAAAGGUACUAUGUAGCAAACUCAUCACAAGGCAAUAAGUUAACAUUUGAUGAAAAAGAGUCUGGAGCUGAAUCAAGAGAUUUUCCACCAGAAGCAAAAAUAAAGAGAUCUGCACAAGUGGCACAUACACUAGAUAAUAAGUUAAGAUAUGAUGAAAAAAAGUCUGGAGCUGAAUCAAGAGAUUUUGCACCAGAAUCAAAAAGAAAGAGAUCUACACAAGUUGUGCCUACACAAGAUAAAACUGCUUCUAAUAAAAGGUACAAUGUAGCAAACUCAUCACAAGAUAAAAAGUCUGGGGCUGAAUCAAGAGAUUUUCCACCAGAAGCAAAAGGAAAGAGCUUUACACAAGUGCUGCCUCCAAAUAAAGAAGUCAAAUCUAGCAAAAACAUUUCACAGAAAAAUAAAAUCACAUGGAGUUACAGAAACUCUAAAUUCCUAUCCAGAAAUAAACGAACAAGAUCUGUCCGAAAGAGUGCUAGAACCCCAAAGAAGAAAAAUCUUGAUUUCUAACCUGUAAAGCAAUUGCUAUCUAGAUUUUUCUACAUGCAAGAAUAUUGGUUUGCAAGGUAACCCAUGUACUUUGAUGUAAUCCUCACGUUACUUUAAAUAGUUGUUCUGCCCGUGCCUUACCACGGGGAGAGAACGCAGAGAAGAUAUGUUAAUUCCUCACUGCCUUGCCCAAUGCAAACUGGUCCCUUGUUCUUGAUGUAAAUUAAUUUUAUCAAUGUCCAUCUCACUCUACAUAUGUUUUUCCCCAGCUUAAAAGGCUCCGUCCAAACUAUGAUAAUUGGCAUCACUUAUUACAUACAAAACAUUUAUGUCUAUGGUAAUGGUAGAAUCAAAAGAUUAACUCAAGGAAAAGUAAAUAAAAUGUAAUUAAAAUGCUUGACUUUAUAGGAGCGGGUGGACCAGAUACACACUUUCAAACCAUAAUAAUGUUUAAAAUCAAAUCAAAAUCUCCUUAUUCAUAAACGUACAAAUACAAAGUAUAGAGUCUAUGAGAAAUGUAACUUAUUGCCUGUUUAAAAUAUUUUUUUUGUUUUGUCCAAUUUUUCAAAGGAGUGAAAUGCUUUUUCUACUAAGAACAUCUCUAGUUUACAUUAAAAUUUCCUGCUGUUACAUUCAUCUUUUAUAUCUUUUGGUAAAAAUAAUUAUGUAUCUAAGGCCUGGGUGUAUACAGGGCCUGUUAUUAAUAUUGUUGACAGUUUUUUUUUAUAUAAAUUUGAAAUUAUGACGGUUUUGUAUAACAUAUUGUGCAUUUCUGGUAUUAUAUCUAUCACUGGUAGACAAUACAAAUAUGCCUCUCAAAUACAUUUUUACAUUGGCUUCCAAGAACUGUUUGGAUAAACUGAGAACUGGUAAAACUGAGGCCAGGCCGAGUAUCAGGGGUUAUUUUACAAAAUUAAGAGCUUUGAGUUGCUUAGGAUAUGCCAUAAAAAUAAAAAAAGUUAACCUACAAAUCAACAUAUUUUACUCCAGCUAAUUUUUUUCAAAUCAAUUUGUCACUUGCAGAUUUUGUCAAUCAACUUAGACAACAUAAAUAAGUUCAAAAUACAAUAACAUUUUAACUUCUGUUGAUAUAACAUUGAGAAUCUUUUGUGUAACAAAUUAUUGUAUGCCUAUAUGAACUAUAUUUCUUACAGAUAUUGAUGACGGGUCUGUAUGACCAAACACUUUACCAAUGGUUAAAAUAUAUGUAUUACUGUAUUAGUUUUAAAAAUACUAUUGAUGCUCAUAAACAGAUAUUUCCUUCAUACUACACAAUAUUGUUAUGUCUAGUCUAAGGGAAAUGUUGCCAUUUAUUCAAUUUGUUUAGAAUAAAAUGUACGAUAAUAAAUUAUCUGUAGUAUUUAGUUCAUUGUAGAUAUGCUGAUAAUUUUUGAAAAUCAAAUUUUUGGAGCAGUACAAUACAUUUACAUUGUAUGAUAGACUCUUGAUAUUUUGCUUAAGGGUGCGCUCUACAUCAGCUCUGGAUUCGGUAGCUAUGUUGUGCCAUUGAACAGUGCCGUGAGAAGCGUUGCAGAAGUUCACGACAACUGCCUUUGUAAACUAUCCAUACAUGCUAGUAAAAAACAAUAAGUGGAGUUUUACAGAACCAAGAACAAUCCAUGCAACCCUUAUUUUAGAAUUUUAAAGUAACAAUUCUAUAAUAAGUUAAAGCUGUUUAAAAUUGCUGUUCUUCGUCUACAUUCAAAAGAAGAUUUUAGGUCUUAUUGGUACUAUAAUAAGCAUUUUGCAGCCAUCAUAUUUUAGAUUAUUUAAUUCUCUUCAAUAAGAUGCCCUAACUUUGAUUCUAUGUUAAAUUUAGACUUCAGAAACACUGUUGCCCCAGACCCUUGCUUUUACACGAAACGGGAGGUGUAGAGCGCACCCUUAAGUGGGAAGGGAAACUGAUAAAAAGUUAGCUUGCACAUGAACAAGUUAAUAUUAGGUUCCUUAUUUAGAUUAUGAAGUAUAUGUGGGUUAAUUAUUGUUAUUUAUGUUUUAAAUAACUUUGUAUACAUUGGUUUACUGACUAUAUUUAACUUUUUUGUUUAUAAUGUGUUCCAUUGUUCUAUUGAUUAAUCUAAUCAUUUUACAAAUACCCUGGUAGUAAAAAAAAUUUUUUUAUUAUUUUAUAAUCAGAUUGAGGGAUAAUUAUUUUGAUAUUUUAAUUUUUCAUACAUGUUGUCAUACGUAAUUUUUGUACACUCAUUGACACUCAAAAACAUUUUC